AUGGCACGCCGUAUUGACGUUCAUCAUCAUUAUCUACCCCCCGCCUACCUGAAAGCCCUCGAGGAGGCUGGUGGCGAUCCUUCUGGAUUUCCCACACCCUCUUGGUCCAUUGAGGCUGACCAACAGCUUUGCGAUGACUGUGGCAUUGAAACGGCCAUCUUAUCAGUCACCGCACCAGGUGCGGGUAUCGUGAAGGGCGCCAAGUCUGCCCAGGUGGCGAGAGAAUGCAAUGAGUUUGGCAAAACGCUAAGGGAUAAAUACCCUAAGAAGUAUGGGUUUUUUGCUGCGCUGCCCGAUGUUCUCGAUACCCAAGCAGCUUUAGAGGAGAUUCGAUAUGCCCUUGAUGAGCUGCAAGCCGAUGGAGUAACCCUUUUCACCCGCUAUGGAGACGCAAACUACUACCUAGGCCAUCCUGAUAUCCAGCCUAUCUGGGAGGAGCUAGAUCGGCGCGCCGCAGUGGUCUUUAUCCAUCCAACCCAUGCAGUGGAUACGAACCUCAUCAACAAGAUGCUUCCACAGCCUUUUAUUGACUAUCCGCACGAGACCACUCGGACAGCUGUCGAUCUGAUCACCACCGAUACGGACUGCAGGCUCUCCAGCAUGACACGCGAGCACUUUCUGGAAAAUGCACGAAUGUUUUACUAUGACCUGGCGCUUACGGACGCAAACUUUGCUCUACCACUUCUGCAAAAAUUCGCUUCACCGGAUCACAUUCUCUAUGGUAGUGAUUUUCCCUAUGCACCAACCACUUCCAUCAAGUUUUUCAGCAAGGACCUGGCUGAAGCCGAUAUUUCGGAUGAAGCAGCGGAGAAGAUUAAUUAUGGUAACGCGCUGAACCUGUUCCCUCGCCUUCGCUAG